AUGGACAACGUUCGAUUCAACACACCGAGUGUUAUCAAACUGGGAUCUUUCGCUGGCAAAAUAAAAUAUUGCUUGAUCGAUGCAUUUUGUAUUCCUCUUUUAAAAGUUUUCCAGUUGAAAAUCCAAUGUGUGAAUGAUCAGUUGAUUGUCAUAGCAAAUGAUGGAUUUGAAGAUGUUGCUCUACAUAAUCUGAUAUGGGAAUAUGCUCAUCAAUAUCUUGUGCCCGAAAAUUAUACCAUUUGCCAUCGAAAUGGAAUCACCAUGGACAAUCGCUUGGAAAAUUUAUUAUUGCUUUCGAAUAAUAUGAUUUAUUUGCCAAUAAAAUCUCCGUCACUUACAAGUUUCUACUGGAAUAUUGUUUCUAAUCUACCUGUCGAUAUGGAUGAAGUUGAUUAUCAUAAUUCAGUAAGCCAUGAAUCUAGUCUAUACGAAUGUCAUCAUGCACCGUGUACGCAGCUAUUAAGCAGUGAACAGUUUAACUGUCUUCAAUGUCGAAAAAUCAAAUAUUGUAGUCAACGAUGCCGAACGAUGGAUGCAGAUGUUCAUUCAGUAUUUUGCAAUCCGUCUAGUCCACAAUAG